AUGACUGGCAAGAGGAAUGGAAAAAUAUUGUGUAGUCAGAUGAAUCAAGGUUUGCUCUUUUUAAGUCAGAUGGUCAUACAAGAGUAUGAAGAGGCUUAUAAUAAUGACUGUAUUCAACCUACAUUAAAAUUUGGCAGCAGGUCUGUGAUAUUUUGGGGAUGUUUCUCAUGGUAUGGUGUUGGCCCUCUAGUUGUAGUAGAACAAACGUUAAAUUCAGAAGAAUAUGUAAAUGUUCUUUCAAAUAAUUUUAUCUCUUGGGCUCGUAACUAUCCAAACCUAAUUUUUCAACAGGAUGGUGCGUCUUUUCAUACUUCUUCUUAUACUACUUGGUGGAUGGAAUCUCAUGGAAUUUUAGUUUUAAAUUGGGUGAUGCAAAGUCCAGAUUUAAACCCAAUUGAGUAUUUGUGA